AUGACAGGAAAAGUUGUAGUUAAAACCACUAAUGCACCAGGUGCUAUUGGCCCAUACAGUCAAGCAAUUAUUGCUAACAAUCAAGUUUUCGUUUCUGGUUGUUUAGGUAUUGAUAAAGAUACUAUGCAAUUCACAUCUGAAACUGAUGUUAGUAUUCAAACUAAACUUGCUUUAACAAACAUGAAAAACAUUGUUGAAGCUGCUGGUUCAUCAAUGGAAAAAGUUGUUAAAACUACCAUCUUAUUAAAAUCAAUGGAUGAUUUCCAAGCUGUUAACACUGUCUAUUCUACUUUCUUCCCAGUUGACCCACCAGCUAGAUCAACCUUUGCUGUUGCUUGUUUACCAAAGAAUGCUUUAGUAGAAAUUGAAGCUAUUGCAAUUCACCAAUGA